AUGGCGAAAAUAGGGCUAAAAAGAUACAGAUUUUUCGUUUUGAUGGUGUUCAUUUUUAUGUUCUUGAAUCUGUAUGCAUGCAAAGGAUUUGAAUUUGAGCUACUUUUGUCCAUAAAAGCGUCCAUUAAUGAUCCUUUGGAGUCUCUGAGCACCUGGAAUUCCUCUCUUCCUUUCUGCAAAUGGAAUGGAGUUACCUGUUACGAUUCAUCCCAUGUAGCGAAGAUCGAGCUCUCAGGGAAGAAUUUGUCUGGAAAAAUAUCUGAUAAGAUUUUCCUGUUUCCAUAUGUUCAAAAUAUUGAUCUUUCCAGCAACCAGUUCGUUGGGGAAAUUCCAGGGAAUCUGUCGUCGUGUUUUUCGCUCAGGAAUCUCAAUCUAAGCAAUAAUAAUUUAACAGGUCCAAUUCCUGGAGGCUUCGUUCCACUUCUUGAAACGUUGGAUCUCUCCAACAAUAUGCUUUCAGGAAAAAUCCCAGACGCAAUUGGACUUUUUUCAGGCCUUAAAGUGAUUGAUUUUGGUGGGAACGUUUUGACAGGAAAAAUUCCCAAGUUCAUAACAAAUAUGACAAGAUUGGAGGUCUUGACUUUGGCAUCAAACCAGUUGAUUGGAGAAAUUCCAGGAGAAUUAGGGUUCAUGAAGAGUUUGAGGUGGAUUUAUUUGGGACAUAAUAAUUUCUCAGGUGGAAUUCCAAAGGAAAUUGGUGAAUUAACUUCCUUGAAUCAUCUUGAUCUUGUUUACAAUAAUCUGACAGGUGAAAUCCCUUCAUCUAUAGGAAAUCUCACCAAUCUUCAGCACCUUUACCUCUACUUCAAUAAAUUCACUGGUGGAAUUCCAAGAUCCAUUUUCAGUCUCAGGAAAUUAGUUUCACUUGAUUUAAGUGACAACUUCUUGUCAAGUGAAAUUCCUGAACUAGUAAUUCAGUUGCAAAAUCUGGAAAUUCUCCAUUUGUUUUCCAACAAUUUCACUGGAAAUAUUCCGAAUGCUGUAACCUCUUUGCCUCACCUCCAAGUUCUUCAGUUGUGGUCGAAUAAAUUUUCUGGGGAAAUACCAAAAGACCUUGGGAAGUAUAACAACCUCACCGUAUUAGACCUUUCUUCAAAUAACCUAACCGGAAAAAUCCCGGAAAAUCUUUGCUUUUCCGGACGCCUAUUUAAGCUUAUCCUCUUUUCAAAUUCUCUGGAAGGUGAAAUUCCCAAGAGUUUAAGCAGUUGCAGAACUUUACAGCGUGUCCGCCUUCAGAACAACCGGCUCUCCGGUGAAUUGUCCCCGGGAUUUACCAGCCUUCCUCUUGUUUACUUUCUGGAUAUUUCCAGGAACAAUAUUUUUGGCUCAAUUGAUGAAUGGAAAUGGGAUAUGCCAGAACUUCAAAUGCUAAGCCUGGCAAGAAAUAAAUUUUAUGGGAACUUGCCCGAUUCCUUCAGCAGCAAAAAGUUGGAGAACCUCGAUUUGUCAGGAAAUAAUUUUUCAGGCAGCAUUUCUCAAAGUCUAGGGAAAUUUUCAGAACUUAUGGAACUGAAAUUAAGUGAAAACAUGCUCUCAGGUAAAAUUCCUGAUGAAUUAUCUUUUUGCAAAAAGCUUGUGAAUUUAGACCUCAGCCAUAAUCAGCUUACUGGGGGAAUUCCUAUUAGCCUUUCUGAAAUGCCAGUUCUUAGCCAGCUUGAUCUGUCGGUUAAUCAGUUAUCGGGCGAAAUCCCAUCCAAUUUAGGCAAGGUGGAAUCCCUUGUUCAAGUAAAUAUUUCUCACAACAAUUUUCAUGGAAGUUUACCCUCCACAGGCGCGUUUCUAGCUAUCAGUUCUUCCGCUGUGGCCGGAAACAGCCUCUGCGGUGGAGAAACAAGUGGUUUACCACCAUGUUCCAGCAUUAAAAAUCGGGUUCCCUGGUCUUUAAUGGCCUGUCUUCUUGUUUCCUUUGUGGUUGUUGUUCUAGCUAUAUCGUUUGCUGUUUUCAUUCGACGAAGAAAUAAAGUCCAGUUGAAGACGAUUGAAAGCGAAGAUGGAACUUGGGAGUUCCAGUUUUUGAAUUCCAAGGUUUCAAAAUCAAUAACAAUCAAGGAUAUUGUUUCAUCUAUAAAGGAUGAAAAUCUCAUUUCCAGAGGAAAGAAGGAAGUACUUUCAUAUAAAGGAGAAUCCACCACAAACAACAUGCAAUUCUUAGCCGAGCAAAUCACUUCAUUUUCAACCAAGUCUUCGACCGGCAUAAUCGAAUUAUGUAACCUCAAACAUACAAAUAUUCUGAAGCUACUUGGGAUAUGCUGGUCAGAAAAGGUUGGAAUUUUGGUUUAUGAGUACAUUGAAGGCAAGGAUUUGCAUGAAGCCCUUCCAGGCCUGAGUUGGGAAAGAAGAUAUAACGUUGCCAUUGGAAUUGCUAAAGCUCUUCGAUAUUUGCACUGUUAUUGUUCAACAGGUAUCCUGGCAGGUGAUCUUUCACCACAAAAAAUUUUCGUCGAUGAAAAUGACGAAGCCCGCUUGAGAUUGAGUCUUCCGGGGCUCGUUCCUGCCGACAACAAGUGUUUCAUCUCUUCUGCCUACUUUGCGCCAGAAACUCGAGCAUCCAAGGGCGUGACCGAAAAGAGUGACAUCUAUGGAUAUGGCCUUGUUCUGAUACAACUUCUGACUGGAAAAUCUCCGGCUGAUGACUCGGGGUUCGGAACCCACCAAAACAUUGUUGAAUGGGCUAGAUAUUGCUACUCAGAUUGCCAUCUUGAAAUGUGGGUUGAUCCAACCAUCAAGAAUCAUGCAGUAAUGAAUAAUCAGAAUCAAAUUGUUGAGAUAAUGAAUCUUGCCCUUCAAUGCACUGCAACUGAUCCUGCAGCCAGGCCUUGUGCAAUCCAUAUAGUCAAAACCCUAGAAUCUGCUGUGAAAUCAAGUUCUUGUGGAUUUGAACUUAUAUCUACCAAUGUGUAG